GCGACACUUUCAUGGGCCAUUCUUCCCUGACACGAUAGCGAGGCUAGCUGAGCCUUUUCUGUUUUGUAUCUGUGUUGUUAUUUUUUUCCUUUUUAACAUCAGCUUUGAUAAAAAAUAUAAAAACAACUAAAACAAGAUUCAAUGAAUAUAAAAAGAAAAACAACCAUUAACUAAAACAAAACAAAAAAAAUGGGUGUAAAUAAAUUGAAAAGAUACAAAAAGAUGCAUACCAGCAAAGGAACUAAAUUACCAAGGGAUGUGUUGAGAAUGAAAAGCGACAGAAAGUUCAAUUGCAGAAUAGCUACAUUAAAGAGCAAUUUUCCCUCAACAGUCAAAACGUUGAAUCAAAAUACUUUCUCAAGAGCAAACCAUCUCCAAAGAAAAAGAAAAUCUGGAUAUAGUCUUGGUCAAAACAGGUGUUUGUUUUCAAGGGGACACAGCAACAAUAAAUUGGGUUCACCUCCAGAAAAAGAUUUCAGAAAGUCACUUAUUAUGAGACAAGAAGAUGACAAUAAACAGAAGAAUCUCACGUCAUUAACAGAAGAAAUGUCUGAGAAAAAAGGAAAAAUAUUUCAUGAAGAUGGCCUUCAAUCAAAAAUUAAAUCAUUAUGGGAAGAUUUGCUUUCACUUAAACAUUUUCGUAUCAGGACUGAAAGUAUCCAGUGCUACUUGGUGAGUCAACAAGUCCUACCGAACCGGCCAGCUCAUUUAGAUGGAACCGAGUGGGCCUAUUUUAAGUAUGAAAUGCUAAGACUGCGCACUUUUAUCACCUACCCAAUGAAUGCCACCCAAUCUUCUUUAGUUUUGGCUCGAGAAGGUUUUGUUUACGUUGGUUCUGGAUCAGAUGACAAGGUCACGUGUUACACUUGUUGCGUUUCUAAAAAUAGCUGGCUAGAACAGGAAGUAGUGUCAGAAGUUCACAAGACGAUGUCUCCAAGCUGUUCAAUGGUGACCGGACUCAACAAUGACAAUAUACCAAUUUACAUGAAUAAUGCAUUGUCAUUUGAUCUUAUAAUGAAUAAACUUAAUGCCAAGUCUUCAAUUAUAGAAAUGGAUGCCGCCCCUUUUGCUAGUCAGGAGUGUGUAGCUAAAGCCAACGGAAAUAGUUUGUCAGAAAAUAUAGAAAAACACCCAAGCAACAACAAGAGACCUGUAAAAGAAGCAAUAUCUUCAAACAACUCAUUCGCCACAUUAGAACAUGCAUCUAUCACCAUGCCUCCCACUGUACAAUUACCCCCUACCUCGGCUCAGACUUCCAGCCCAGAUCUUGUGUAUGCAACGUCUUCAAAGGAAGAGGACUACCCAACGCUCCAAGAGACGAAUGAAUCAUCUUCGUUAGCUGACAACACAGAGAGAAGCUCUAUAGCAAGUACAAACAAUGCAAUGAAGGACACGCUGUCCGGACAUAACACAGCAAGUAACAGCUCCAGCAUCCAGGCGGACACAGUGGCUGCACAAACUGUUACUACAGGCCCCAAGAAGCCUGAGGCUCAAAAUCCAGCUACCAAUAAUACCAGAAAUGGCAAAGGCCCAACUUAUUCAGAGCUUGGGAUUGUUACAGAGAGACCCAAACGUCCAGAAUAUGCAAUAAAAAACGAAAGGAUAAAAACAUUUUCCAACUGGCCUACGUCACAUCUUAUACAAAAGGAAGACCUGGCAGACGCUGGAUUUUAUUAUGCAGCUUACGGAGACUGUGCCAGGUGUUUCUUCUGUGGUGGUGGAUUAAGAAACUGGGAAGAUGAAGAUGACGUCUGGGUAGAACAUGCCAGGUGGUUCCCCAAGUGUGCUUUCAUCAGACAACUCAUGGGACAGAAUUUCGUUGACGCAGUGCAGGAGCUUAACAAAACCAAGGACAAGAUUUCUUUUCAAAUGGUAAUUGAGACAAUGGGCGGGUCCCCUGCUGCUUUUCAACUAGACAGUAAAAGCCAACCAUUAAAACGAGACGCUGCUGUGAGAGCUAUGAUUGAGUUUGGAUAUAAGGAGACACAAGUUUUGGAAGUUGCAAAUCAUUUAAAGUCACAAGAGAAUGUUAUCAUGUCUGCCGAUGUGCUACUAAAAAAGUUGACUGAGGAAUCCGAAACAAAUCCACAUUUAAGCAACCGACAGUUGAGAGCAAUGCGUAAAUCCACCACAGAACAAGAUCUGGAAUCCAUUCGCAAAAUAAAAGAGAGAAACAACGAACUACGCCAGCAGACGAUGUGUAAGAUCUGCAUGGACAAAGAUGUGGAGGUGGUGUUUCUGCCCUGUGGUCACCUGGUCUCAUGUGCUGAAUGUGCAGGAGCUCUGAAAGACUGCGCAGUCUGCAGGAAGCCUGUCAAGGGAACCGUUCGAGCUUUUUUAGGCUAGCUAUUGCAUCAAAUAAUCUAAGUACAGAUUUAGUCCAGAGUGAAACAAAACCACAAAGAAUUCAAGACAGUGUUGGACUAUGUAUCAAAUUAUAGAAAAACAUGUAACAACCUUUGUGAGGAUGACAAAUUGUGUCUGGCUUGAUUAGCAAAAUAUUCCAUAGCGAUUGCUUGUUAAUUUAGCAUCAUAUUAAACAUGAAUAUCGAAAAGAAAUAAAUAGUUAUUGGUAAUCGUUCAAUUGUUGAAGAGUGCUGACAAGGGCUGCUCACGUGAUCUCUCUUUUUUUUUUAAAGUGAGAAUUAUAUCGGGGGCACGGUGGCUGAGUGUUGAAGCGCUCUACAACCGCAUCGAGAGGUUACAGAUUCCUGGUGAAGACUACAAUUUUUAUUUUGAGGAUCAUUAGGGUGCCUCUGAGUCAACUCUAACCCUAAUGUUGGGAAAAUGUAAAGGCGAUAGGUCGUUGUGCUGGUCACACGACACCCUUGUUAAACUUGUCCACAUAAACUGGUAACAUCAUCUGCCCAAAGGAUCGCUAGGUCUGAAAGGGAAAAUGUACAAGUACUUCCAAAAGUCUGUCUAGUGAAGCCUCAUUCCUCGAAGAGGAAAUUGCGCCUGGCGGCUGCUGAGGCUUGUACUUAUUUUGAUUUUCAUUGUAGUUCUGCUAAAUAGCAUCUCUUCUAUGGUCUUUCAAAAAAUGAAUAUUUUACGCUAUUUUACUUUAGAAAUACAUUUUACGUUGUUCUCUAGUAUAUCUAAUGUAUAUUAUAGGGUAAAUGGACAUUAUUUUGCACCAUUCUAGUCGCAAUUGUUGUCUCAGCUGCCAAUGUUAUAUCGAUUGGUUCAAAAUGUGCAAUGGGCUUGAAAAGUUCUGCAUUUAAACAUUAAUCAUUAAGGUCUUUCUUUCACCAUCAUAUCUGUCAAAUGUCUAAAAAAUAUUAAAUCGCUGCAAUAAAAUUAACAACAAAAGAUGCUUUAGGCUAAUUAUAUAAGUGCUAAAACGUUAAAAACAAAGUCCAGAAAAGCUCUUCUCUCGGUUUAGCUCUGCAAUCAGUUACACUUUUACUUCUAAUCAGGUGUGGUUUUUAAGAGUACAAUUUUCUUAUAUUAUUAACUAGAGUAAUUUCAUUAUUUUCGUCUGUGAUCUUUUAUAUAAUUGUUAUUCAAUAUUUUAUCGUAUAUUUAUAUUACACAAUAUAUUUUUUUUUACUCUGUGAUUAUAGAAAUGUAUAAUAGAGAUGAAAUCAAUACUUUUUAAUAUGUUUGCCUUAUAUUACCUGUUGUGUUAACCAGCUAGUACAUAUGUAUAUCCAGCAUUCAUCUUUAUUCAUGUCAUAAUCCGUUGGACGGCUGGGGCAUCCCUCUCCUUCCAGUACUCUCAGUCUUUAUCCAUAACUAGAAUCUCUUUAAUCGAAUGGUCCGUCCAUUGUUUCAUGUUUUCUUCCAAUAUUUAACUCUAUCUAAUCUUAUUUCUCCUGGUACAAUUCCUUGCAGGAAGGCUUUUUCAAGCCCCUUAAAAAUCUUCAGAUAAGCUUAUAAAGUUUUAGUUUUCCUUUUUGUGACAGUGGUCAGUCAACAGGUCAUCGUAGGGCUCAAAUACCUCUGUAUUUCUGUUUAGAAUAUCUUCAGCUGUAAUGAGUUAAUACCUAGGCACCUUGUAUUAGAAAUUGAUUCCAAGACUAGGUUCCUCCUCUCUGUGUGGAUUAGUUGAUAAAUGUCUAUUUGCACUAAACAAAUAUUUAAUUUCUCAGAUCAAUAACAUAACCCAAAUAUUCCAGUGUGUUGUUUGUGUGUAAUAUUACUUUAUUAAAUGCCAUAUUCUCAAAUC